AUGCCUACCUUCGCGCAACCACUUCCAGACGACAUCGUCGCCUCGUCGGGGCUGCGGUCAAAGUUCCGGCCUCAUGUGCACGGCAACUACCAAAUCUGCGUAGAGCCGUCAAAGGGGAUGGAGACCUUCUACAACGACGCCAUGUCAACGCAGCUUGAGUCCAAGACAUUGGCAGAUAUCCCAGGGCUCGGGCUGGUCCACCCAAUGGCGCUGGCUAUGGCGAACUGUCUUCCGGAGCGGCUGCCGGCCAUCACACGAUUUGCGGACUUUACUAUUCUGAAUGAUGAUUAUUAUGAUAUUGCGAAGAGAGACGAGAUUGAGAAAGUCAACAGUGAUAUCCAAGAUGCGCUGCAAGGCGCCUCAACGCCUGGCAGCAAGACCCAGAGCUCGGGCAGUUCUGAUAAAGACUUCAAGCCAAAACAGAUGCAGGCUGCUCUUGUCCUUGAGCUCAUCAUGCUGGAUCAGCAACUUGCUAUGGACAUCAUGUCGUCCUACAGCCAGGGCCUUGACGUGGCCACCUUUGCUCCGGACAACCUCAGGACCUUGGAUGAGUACUUGCCCGUGCGGAAGGUCAACUCGGGUCUUGACGUCACCGCUGAAAUGGUCUGCUUUGACAUGGGCCUCCGCAUCUCCCCCUCCGACAAAGCCAAGCUCCGCCCGGUAGUCGACCUCGCCAACUUCGCCAUCACCGUCGUCAACGACCUCUACAGCUGGCCCAAGGAAAUCAAAUGCCACCUCGAGACCCCGGGCUCCGAACUCCCCUUCAACGCCGUGGCGGUCCUCAUGCGGUUCGGCGGGUACUCCGAGCCCGAGGCCUUCCGCAUCCUGUACGCCAAGCAGGCCGAGCUCGAGGCCGAGCACCUCCGCCAGCUCGACGCGCUCCGCGCGCAGGAGGGCGGCCGGCUGCCCGAGAACCAGGAGCUCUACGUCGAGAACGCGCAGCGCGCGGUCUGCGGCUCGGAGCUGUGGAGCGUGUAUACCAGGCGGUACCCGUCCAAGGCGGACCUGCGGCAGCCCGAGGUUGAGUUUGUGGACGGGGCGUUUAGGUAUGUGGCUGACGGCGAGGGCGCCGGUGAGGAGAAGGUUGUGUCUGAGAGUGUGGACUCGUUGCCGACUACUGAGGUUGAGGACGAGUUCUCCUCGUCGGAUGCGUCUCCGGGCUCUGUUGACCAGGCUAUUUCGACACCGCCAUCGACGACGUUCUGCAGCUGUGAAGAUGAGGAGGAGCAUAUCGCCGACGUUAAGGAAGUAUGCGAAGACGAGGCAGACGGUGUCCGGGACAUGUCGGAUAUCUCCCAGAAGUCCAAGAAGAAGAUCGACACCCUGCUUCCGGAAGGACCUGGACUCACCACCUACGCGUCCCGACUGGAGGCUGCUCCCGACCACGCCGUCAUCGCUCCAAUCAAGUACCUCGCCACGCUACCUUCCAAAGGCGUCCGGGACACCUUCAUCGACGCGCUCAACUGUUUGGACGACAUCGAGGACGACUCUACCCUGCGGCGAGGCAGCCCCGCGGCGCACAUGAUCUUCGGAACAGCGCAGUGCAUCAACGCGGCGAACCACAUCUUCGUCAUGGUGCUCGCCGAGCUGCAGAAGCUGCGCAGCCCAUUGAAGACGGCUAUCCUCAUCGAGGAGUUGGAAAGUCUUUUCGUCGGACAGGCAGAUGACCUGCACUGGAAAUACCACGUCGACUGCCCCUCGACGGAGGACUACAUGGAGAUGAUUGACAACAAAACCGGCGGCCUCUUCCGUCUCUGCGUCAGACUCCUCCAAGCAGAGUCAACAAGGACCGACGUCCUCGACCUCGACCCGCGCCCCUUCGUCCGCCAACUAAGCCUCUUCUUCCAAAUCCGCGACGACUACCAGAACCUCGUCUCCGACGCCUACGCCAAGCAGAAGGGGUUCGCCGAGGACCUCGACGAGGGCAAGAUCUCGCUGCCCAUCAUCCUCACGCUGCAGCGCGCGCGCACGCGCCCCGAGAUCAUGGGUGUGCUCAAGCACAAGCAGCCCGGCCCGAUGGCGAUGGAGAUGAAGCAGUACAUCGUGAGGGAGAUGGAGAAGUGCGGCGCGCUCGAGUCCACGAGGGAGCUGCUGCAGGGGAUGCAAGAGGACUUGAUCGCGGAGCUGAGGAGGUUGGAGGGCGACUUUGGGGCGAAGAACGCCACGUUGGAGUUGGUGUUGAGAAGAUUGUGGAUUUCUUAG